AUGGCAGAGGUGCAGCAGCUCUGCGUGCAGGAGGCAGUGGACUCCAUGGUGAAGAGUCUGGAGAGAGAGAACAUCCAGAAAAUGCAGGGUAUCAUGUUCCAGUGCAGUGCCAGCUGUUGUGAAGACAGUCAGGCAUCCAUGCAGCAGGUGCAUCAAUGCACUGAACAUGGCCAUGCACCUCUGGUUCAAGCCCAGGCCCUGGUGACCAGUGAGUUGGCGAAGGUCCAGGAUUGCCUGGCCCGGUGCACCAUGCAUUGCAACAACAAAGCCAGAGAGUCAAUGGAUGCAGCAAAUAAGGAAUUUCAGGUGAAGAAGCAGCUGGAGAACUGUGUGACCAAAUGUGUGGAUGACCACAUGCACCUCAUCCCUUUCAUGCCAAGAAGAUGUAGGUGUCUGUCUGAUCCAUGGGGAAAUAAGACUGUUUUCCAGUGCCAUUGGGGCUGA